AGAAGCAGCGAGAGCCGCGCCUCGGGGGAAGCGGGGCGUCCUGGAGGCGGUCGCCGCGGCGCCCCCGCCCGGCCCUGGCCAGCGCCGCCGCCCCCGCCUGGCGACAGCAGCCCGAGGGGGGGAGGCAGAAGCGCCUCGUCCCCGCCCCGCGCCGAGGCGGCGGCGCCGGGGGAGGACGGCGCCUCACCUUGCCCCCGAUGAGGGGCGGAUCAUGCCAUGGCAGCACCGGCGAGCGACAGCGGCAGCGGCGGGGGCGGCGAGAGGAGCCCCGGCAGCAGCCCCGGGAGCGCCACGGUCAGCGGGGGCGCGGCGGCGGCGGCGGCGGGGACCCGGGCCGACGGGGCCGGGGGCGGCCGGAGCGCCGCGGUGGCCGUGGCCGUGCUCCCGCCGCUGGACGACUACGAGUGUAAAAUCUGCUACAACUACUUCGACGGCGACCGGCGCGCGCCCAAGCUGCUGGCGUGCCUGCACACCUUCUGCCAGGAGUGCCUGAGUCAGCUGCAGCUCCGCGCCGCCGCCGCCGCCGCCGGCAACGCCAGCACCUCCAGCACCGCCAGCAACGCGUCGGAGCGCCCGCUGCGCCCCGCGCCCUGGCACGGGCCGCCCGGAGCCAUCGCGUGCCCCGUGUGCCGCCACCGCACGCCGCUGCCCGACAGCCGCGUGCAGGGGCUGCCCAACAACACCAAGCUCGCCGAGGCCUUCCCGCUCGCCUUGCGCGCCGCGCACGACCCGCUGCCCCAGGACCGCCUCCCGCCUCUGCCCGCGCGCCGCCCCGCGUCCGCGCCCGCGCCCGGCGCCGUCGGCGCCCCGCCACCCGCCGCCGCCGCCGCCGCCCCGCCGCCCGCCGCCACCGACGGCGGCCCCCGCGGGCCCCGCGCCCGGCCCGGCUGGCGCGCCCCGGGCGCCUACGAGAGCUGCCAGAACUGCAAGCGCGCCGCGCUCACCGCCGGCUGCGUGUGCGUGGUCUUCUCCUUCUUGUCCAUGGUGGUGCUGCUCUUCACCGGCCUCAUCUUCGUCAACCACUACGGCGGUGGCGGCGGCGGCGGUGGCGGCGGGGGUGCCGGGGCUGGCGGCGGGGGGUCCCCCGGAGGCGGGGCGACCCCGGGUGGCGCGUCGUCGGCGCCUUCGCCGGUCGGGCCCAUCUGCUUGUCGGUGGCCAGCAUCCUGGCGCUCUUCUCGGUCGUGGUCACUUGGGUCAUCUGCUGGCUCAAGUACCGGCCCGAGGGCGCGGCCGCGGGCUCGGCGGGAGGAGGCGCGGGCGGCGGCUUGAGGGCGCGCGCGGCGGCGGGCGGCGCGCGGAGAAGCGACACGUAGCCGGACCCCCGCCUGCCCGGCCAGCCCGGGGAGGUCCUAGACAAGAAGGCCUUGGGCAGCCCCCAUCCCCGCCCUCGAGCUUGCCCAUCGGCUCCCUGCGGCCCCCAGACGCGCACCUCUCCGCACCCCGCCACUGCGGGGGCCCUGGGUUUGCGCCUAGUCUCUCCGCGCCCCGCCUCCUUCCUGCGCGCGGGGACCUCGGGGACUCCCAGGAGGCGGGGAUGCUGGGCUCGGUCCCACGGCUCGGGACCGUCCAAGGUCACUCCCUGCUUUCCGCACCUCCCUCAUCCUAGCCCGGGUGCGCAGCCGUCCCUCCUAGAGGCCGAGGAUUUGCGGAGAGGGGGGCUGAAGAAUGGGUCUCCGAGGCCUCCCGAAAGCCGGUCUUCUGUCCGCUGGAGACUCUCUAGGGGCUUUUAGGGGAUCGGUGUGUGCGCGCGCGCAUCUGCAGCCGCGGUGAAACAACUUCAGUGGUCCAGAGUGGCAAUGAAUGCGAUGUUAGUGGGAGCCAAGCUUGCGGCUCCCCGUCGUUCCCGAACACGGCAGGAGGGCUCAGCGCCUGGACCCUCUCCCCACUCCACCCCUUCUCCGGAGGAAGGGGGGCGUCACCCGUGCCAGCUGCCCGUCUCGGUGCGCUAUGGGGCAGGUGGCUGGCGCGUGUCAAGAGUUCAGACAGCGGCCAGCGCGACUGAGCAGAGCCCCCGGGUCCAUCCUGCUUCCUGUGUGACUCGCCAGAGACCUGGGUGCCCAAUAUUUGGAAGCCGAUGGGAGUUUUAUCCACUUUGUUAGUGCCAGGAGGUCAUUCUUCUCCUGCAACUGGACUCAGGGAGCAUAGAGGGCCGGUUUCCCUUCUCUUCUCAAAACUGACUUACUGUUGCCCCCACCUGGAAGCUAUUGAAAGCUAUUCGCGCAGAAUAUUAAACUGUAGGCUUCCCCAGCCUUUGGUCUUAAUUUCAUUUUUGAAAAUAAUUUAUUCUAGAGUGUAUUCAUCUGGAAAUGUGGUGCAAUACAAUUGCCAGGAGAGCUGUUUGAUAAGUAGUAUUUCUCCCACACCUCCAGACCAAAUGUAUUCUGAAAUUAUGGGCUGAAAACAAAGGCGUGUGACUAAUUGGUUCAAGAUUCUGUACUGUGAAACAACGGACUUUCAGUUACAAAUUAAAAGUAGGGGCCAAAGAUGAAAUUGACAGGUCUUAAGCUGACAAAGAUUUCUUCUACAAAUACAUACUAUGAUGGAUAGAUGUAGUAUAUAAAUGAGGAAGCCAUUUUGAGUUCAACAGUCAGUAUUGGAAAUCACUGAAAUAUCCACAUCUGGUUACAUUAGAUGUAAAAUGCACAUCAAUCUGAUUUUGUAACUGAAAAGAUAAAUUGUGAUUAUCUGUUGCAGAUGGAUUCGAUGCCUUUUUAAUGAAAAACCAACUAUACCAAAUGCAUUUUAUAUAAAAAACAUUCUUUAUUCCAUUUUUUUUUUGAAAUUUGGAAUAGACAACGUUUUCAUGCCUAAAAGUCACAGAAGCUACUGAGGGUAUGCUGUUAUUCCUCGUGUAUUUAUGCAAGCUGUCUGCAUGAGAUCCUGACACUCUAUUAACUAGAAUGAAGCAUUUGUAUCUAUCACAGUGAAGAAGUAAUUGAUCGGUCCUUGAUAAGUAGUAUGGCUGCAAUUUGGAAAUUGCUCAAAAUGAUGUGUUUUAUGUCAGCAUUGUCUUAAUAAACAACAAGAAGCAUUUCUAGAAACAGCUAUUUUC